AUGUUAAUCCAAAAUCAGCAGUUUCUUCCUAAUUUCCCCUCGUUCAGCGCAAUUAUUACAAAGACUAUCUCAAAUCAGCCGCUUUAUCGUUAUUGUGGUGUCUGUUUUUCGACUUCAACCAGAGCACUUUAUUUGUUCAGGGAAGAACUCGAUAUCGAUCUGACUGAUAUCUAUUACAAAAUCCGGUGUAUCCUGUUGCCCUUGCCAUACUUUCGAAUGAAGCUGAAUAUAGUCCGUGAAUCGCCAGAUUUCUGGGGUCCAUUGAUGGUGGUAAUCGCCUAUGCGUUGCUGUCCAUAUACGGCCAGUUUAGUGUUGUAUCGUGGAUACUGACGAUGUGGUUCUGCGGUGGCUUCAUCGUUUACUUCAUUGCUCGAGCACUUGGAGGAGACGUUGGAUAUUCUCAGGUUCUGGGUGUCGUUGGAUACUGCCUGAUUCCACUAGUUGUUACAGGGGCACUCAUGACCCUCGUUACCAGAUUCAGAACACUAUCACUGGGUCUUGGCAUAUUUGGAGUCCUAUGGAGUGUCUAUAGCGCCGGAACAUUGUUAUGCGUUGACGAGUUGCAAUCGAAAAAGCCAUUGGUUUUGUAUCCUGUAUUCUUGUUAUAUGUGUACUUCUUCUCUCUUUAUUCAGGCGUUUAG